AUGGGUUCUGUUCCUACCGAGAUCAGUGGUAGACUGGCUGGCAAGAACGCCGUUGUCACGGGCGCAGCUGGUGGCAUUGGCCUGGAGACCAGCAUUCUUUUUGCCAAGGAGGGUGCCAGCGUUGUCAUGGCCGAUAUCUCUGGUCCGGCGCUCGAGAAAGCCAAGGCCAAGGUGCUCUCGCUCAUUCCGUCCGCGAGGGUCGAGACCAAGAUCACCGAUGUUUCCAAGGAGGACCAGAUCAAGGCCCUCGUCGACUCGGUCGAUGCCUGGGGUGGCCUCGAUAUUAUGUUCAACAACGCUGGUAUCAUGCACGCCCGUGACGACGAUGCUGUCAACACCCCCGAAGAGAUUUGGGAUCUGACCCAGAACAUCAACGUCAAGGGUGUCUGGUUCGGCAGCAAGCACGCCGUUCUCGCCCUGCGCCGCAACAACAAAAGCAAGGGCUCCAUCAUUAACACGGCCUCUGUCGUCGCCCUCGUUGGCGCUGCCACCCCUCAGCUUGCCUACACGGCUUCAAAGGGCGCCGUUCUCGCUCUCACCCGCGAGCUCGCCAUGGUCCACGCCCGCGAGGGUUACCGCUUCAACUCGCUUUGCCCCGCGCCUCUCAACACCCCGCUGUUGCAGGACUGGCUCGGCGACGACGUCCCCAAGCGCAUGCGCCGCGAGGUGCACUUUCCUACCGGCCGCUUCGGCGAGGCCAUUGAGCAGGCCCAGGCCGUCCUUUUCCUGGCGAGCGACGAGUCGAGCUUCGUCAAUGGCCAUGACAUGGUUGUCGACGGCGGCAUGACCAAGGCCUACGUUACCCCCGAGGGCCCCGCAACGCCCGCGCCCAUCAACAACGCCAGCCGCACCAGCCUCGAGUAA